CGCAAAGCACCACCAGCAUCUGACAGCCCACGAUCUGAAGCUCACGGCGCCGCAGCGACCCCGUCUUGCGUGUUUGUGUCUCCUUGCAAAAGCGCUGCGACUUGUCUGCCCCCCGGCUGCAAUUGCCGAGUGCAUGAGCAUCCCACGUUCCGACGCCUCUUGACCCGACCCGCAUCUGCAUCCUUGGGCACCCCGCGCUGCUUCGGCUCAGGACUGUGUUCCUGUCAACGCCUGAACACGGCCGCCCUUGGUGCCUCGCUGCGGCCUCUUCCAACCCGCGGAUCCGCGACCUUGCAACGACCUCAUCAGCACCUAGCAAUACUGCAUCAUGCGGCCCACGACCCGCGCCGGCGUGCCCAAGCCCGGGCCUGCCACCCUGAGCGCAAAUGCCCAUCUCGACGAGUGGCUCGAGGAGGCCAAGCAGUGCCACUACCUGCCCGAGUCCGUCAUGAAGGAGCUCUGCGAGAUGGUGAAAGAGGUCUUGAUGGAGGAGAGCAAUAUACAACCUGUCUCGACGCCCGUCACGAUCUGCGGCGACAUCCACGGCCAGUUCUACGAUCUCCUCGAGCUCUUCCGCGUCGCUGGCGGCAUGCCGGGCCAGGUGGUCACCGAGCCCCCGGCGGCCUCGACAUUUUCAAUCAACCCGGCCGACAUUGAGCCGCCAACGUCCAUCACAAAACCCAAGCUGCUCAAGAGGCUGAAGAAGGCGCAGCGCGCCGCUGGCGGCGAGCUCAGCAGCAGCCCCGGCCACGACUCAGUCCUGAGCGAGAACUCGGAUGAUGAGGGCCACGAGGAGAAGCAGGCCUCGGCCUCGCGGCCGACAUCCUCGGACGAGACACCGAGUACCCCCGCUGCGAACGCGGCGCAGAAGUUCAUCUUCCUGGGAGAUUUUGUGGACCGGGGAUACUUCAGUCUCGAGACAUUUACGCUGUUGAUGUGUCUUAAGGCCAGAUAUCCAGAGCAAAUCAUCCUCGUUCGUGGCAACCACGAGUCGAGGCAGAUCACCCAGGUCUAUGGCUUUUAUGAGGAGUGCCAACAGAAGUACGGCAACGCCUCGGUCUGGAAGGCGUGCUGCCAGGUAUUCGACUUCCUGGUCCUAGCCGCCAUCGUCGACGGCGAGAUCCUGUGUGUCCACGGCGGUUUGAGCCCCGAGAUUCGCACCAUCGACCAGAUUCGUGUCGUCGCACGUGCCCAAGAGAUUCCGCACGAGGGAGCCUUUUGUGACCUGGUGUGGUCAGACCCAGAAGACGUGGAGACGUGGGCUAUCAGUCCCCGUGGCGCCGGCUGGCUGUUUGGCGACAAGGUGGCCACGGAAUUCAACCAUGUCAACGGACUCAAGCUCAUUGCUCGUGCCCAUCAGCUCGUCAAUGAAGGUUACAAGUAUCAUUUCCCACAAAACUCAGUCGUCACGGUGUGGUCAGCACCCAACUAUUGCUACCGGUGUGGUAACGUGGCGUCCAUCAUGACUGUGGACAAGAACCUCGAUCCCAAGUUCUCAAUCUUCUCGGCCGUGCCUGACGACAUGAGGCACGUGCCUGCUGGCAGGAGGGGGCCUUCGGAUUAUUUCCUGUAGAAUAUACAACAUAUAUAGUCUCGUGCGCCGAUCAUCAGGGUGGCGAAGGAGGGGAGGUGAAGCAGUACGAGAGAGAGUUCCAGCUUGUGAGUGUCCACAGACACAUGUUCCUAGAUGAUACCAAUUUUCUCAUUGAUCUUGCAUGACAACCUGUUCCUUGCUUGGUCUGAUUUGUUCGCAUUGCCUGCUGGUAGCUGUCAAUUUAUCCGACCUUGCUUGACUUGUUUGAUCAAAUUCCCGUCAUUCAUUCCAGCAAAUUGUUCGGCAUCAUGUUCGUUCACAGCGUUUCUGCCCGGGCUUGGGGCCUCUA